GGUAACUUUGAAGCGCGGGUCCUGGCAGUGGACUAUAGGACCCUGGGAUUCAGAGAGUGUGUAGGAGAGCUGGUCCGGUACUUGAGCUCUUUAGAAGGAGGGGUGGACUCCCCYGACCCUAUCGGAGCCCGCCUGGUCUCCCACCUCUCCCACUGCGCCAGCCAACUGGACCCCCUUCUCCUUCAGUCGCCCCACACCUCCUCCGCCCUCCCUUUUCCUCCCUGGCCGUGGAUCUCCUCCUAUCACCAGAUGUCACCUGCCUCGUCUCCCACCUCUCCAUCUUUCUCCGCGAGGCGGAGGGAGCUGGCACGCCUGGGGGGUGGGGGUUAUCCGUCCCACUCAGCCGACACCUUAUGUCUCACCCCAAUGGGGUGCCAACAGGGGUCCAUGCUCGCCCCUGCUUUGGUGUCUGAGCUGCGCAGGGUGCCCUCUCUCCCACCACCUUCCUCCCCUGCCCUCACCGCUACCCCCACUCACAGACUCACUCAGCAGUCCUCUGGAGCCUCACUCCUCCUAACAUCCUCUUCCUCCUCUUCCUCCUCCUUUCCCUCUGCUCCUCCACAAGUCACCUUCAGACCCUUUGCCCCUCUGGGGUCUCCCGCGGGUCAGCGCAGGGGCAAAGCUGCAAAGAUCUGGGGGACUGAGAUAGGAGCCUUCUGAUCCAGAACCUGUCAACAUGAUGCACCAUGUAAAGUUUGCUCUUAACCACAGUUCUAGGAUCAGAUUACCCAACCCUUAAACCUACCCUUAACCCAGUGGAGGUUGCCGAGGGGAGGACGGCUCAUAAUAAUAUCUGGAACGGGGCAAAUGGGACGGCAUCAAACACCUGGAAACCAGAUGCUUAAUGUKCAGUAUUUGAUACCAUUCCACCCAUUCCGUGGUGGAAUGGGUGGAAUGGUCCCGUGGUCCCGUGUAGCUCAGUUGGUAGAGCAUGGCGCUUGCAACGCCAGGGUUGUGGGUUCAUUCCCCACGGGGG